AUGCGGCUGCGGCUCCCUGAAGGCGGCCCGGGCGGUGGGCAGCGGACCCGGUGGGGCGGCGCCGUGAGGGGACGAGUCGUGGCCCCGGCUGUCGGGCGCGGAGGCUCCUGCCGCUACCCCGCGGAGCAGGGAAGGGCUGCCCCCGGGAUGCACGCGGAGCCCCGGCCCCGGGGGUGCCCAGGGCUGCGGGGGGCUGAGUCCCCCUGCCACCCUGGCUUCCGGGGGGCCGUAAUGAAGUUCAGGACGGGGGUGGGCGGGGUGCUGCCCGCGGGACAGGGGCCCGGCCGCACCUCCUCCCGUGUCAUCUGGCCUCCGGAGGAGCUCUGGGGGGAGCCAGUGAAGGAAGAGUUUGGAGGCGCAAAAGAGGUGGUGCCGCGUCCCGAGAGACCCUCAGUCCCUUUACAACUGCUUCCCAAGCCCCAGCUUCCGAAGGAGCGUCGGCGUGAAGCGGCUGGUCAGCCAGCCGUUUGCUGGGCUCUGCAGGGUAACCCCAGCUCGUCUGGGGGACCUGGUCUAGACGGGGUGGCCGGGGGCCGCUUGCUGAGGCCGCCCUCCGGCCUCCCUCCCUCGCCGAGCGAACCCGGCCUGCCGGCCUCUGAGGUGCCGGGCACGGCACGGGGCACGCUCCUGAGUCCGCAGGAGCUCCUGGCGCCACACCGGUCGGUGCCGGGCCGGCGGCGAGGGCCACACGCUGUCCCGAGCGCCACAGCCUGGGCCUCCACCGUGACCCCAGAGGCAGGACCGUCGUCCCUGCCUCACAGACGAGGCUCGGAAGUUAAGGACCUCGGCCAGGGUCACAGAGCGGGAACGAACGAGCGGAGCAAACGGGGUGGCGUCCCCCGCCAGCGCCGGCACCCUCCACGCCCUGAGCCGCUACAGCCGCUACACGAGCAUUCUGGACCUGGACCGGAAGACCCUGCGCUGCCCCCUCUACAGAGGCACCCUGGUGCCCCGGCUGGCGGACCACCGCACACACAUCAAGCGGGGCAGCACCUACUCCCUGCACGUGCAGAGCGUGCUCACGCAGCUCUGCGCCAAGGCCUUCCUCUACGCCUUCUGCCGCCACCUGCACCUGCCCGCCCGCGGCACGGAGGCCGAGGGGCUGGCUGCCCGCCGCCAGGCCGGCUUCUUGCAGCUGAACCUGGGGCUGGUGAACGAAGACGUCAGGGUGGUCCAGUACCUGGCAGAGCUGCUGAAGCUACAGUACACGCGGGGGCCGUCCGCCGCCGGCCGGCCCGUGCUCAGGUUCGACUACGUCCCCAGUUUCCUGUACAAGAUCUGAGGUCAGGCCCGGCCACCGUGACCAAGACCUCUGCGGUAAAACACACCUGAACCGGCCACAGUGGUUGCUCCCGCGCACGCGUGCCCGUCUGCCGGGGCCGUGUCCUGUGUCGUCGGAGUCCUGCUGUUGAGACCUGGUCCGCCACCGGCUCUGCAGCACACC